AUGGCAUCACUGGCAGCCAUGUCCUGGCCGGGCAUUCUCCCCGACUGGUCCAACCUCCACGUUCUCCACCGCAACACUUUGCCCCCCCGCGCACACUUCUACUCGUUCGCGGAUGAGGAUGCCGCCCUCACGUUCAAUCGCGAGAAGAGCUUUUUUCACAGCCUUAACGGGACCUGGAAGUUCCACUACGAUGCAACGCCCUUUGAAGCGCCAAUCUGGGAGAGGGCCAAUGUCACUGGCUGGGAUAAUAUUGAAGUGCCGGGCGUCUGGCAGAUGCAGGGCUACGGGCGCCCGCAAUAUACCAACAUUGACUACCCCUUUCCCGUCACCCCGCCAAACGUCUCGUACAUGAACCCCACGGGCUCGUAUUGGCGUGAGUUUGAGGUGCCCGCCGACUGGGACGGCCAGCAGAUUCGUCUGCGGUAUGAGGGCGUGGAUAGCGCGUUCCAUGUCUGGGUGAACGGCGAGGAGGUCGGCUACAGCCAAGGCAGCCGCAACCCUAGCGAAUUUGACAUUACGGAUUAUCUCUCAUCGGAAAAGACCAACACACUCGCGACCCGUGUCUACCAGUGGUCCGAUGGCUCCUACAUAGAGGACCAGGAUCAAUGGUGGCUGUCGGGGAUCUUCCGGGAUGUUUACCUGAUCCCAUUUCCUCGAGCCUCGAUUUCAGAUUUUCACGUGGUGCCCGAGGUUGAUGACGGCUAUAAAAGUGGCACGCUACGAGCAAAUGUCACUAUCCAGGGCGAAGAUGGAGACAUGAGCAUCAAGGUUCUGUCGCCUAGCGGUGAGGUUCUUGACAGGUGGUCCGGGUCUUCGUCUGAUCGCUACUCAAAGAGAGUCGAGGGUGAUGACUUCCAACUCUGGUCCGCCGAGACACCGAGCCUGUAUACCAUCUUGAUCGAGUUUAAUGGCCGCACUAUUAGUCAAAAAGUUGGGUUCCGCCGGAUCGAGAUGAGCGACUCAAACUUUCAUGUCAAUGGAAAGCCGGUCAUUAUCUAUGGCGUGAACCGCCAUGAGCACAACCAUCUUUCCGGUCGGACAGUUCCAUACGAGGCAAUGCGCGCGGACUUGGUUCGCAUGAAGCGCUCCAACAUCAACACGAUUCGGACCGCCCAUCAGCCCCCUCAUCCGGCAUUCUUCGACGUCGCUGAUGAGCUGGGCUUCUACGUCAUUGCUGAAGCGGACCUGGAGUGUCAUGGCUUUGGUAAUCUCGAAGACACUGAAGAGCAAGCCGCUUCAUGGACGUCUGAUAAUCCCGAGUGGACUCAUGCGUACCUGGACCGGGCCAAGCAACUUGUGGAGCGUUACAAGAACCACGCCUCAAUUAUCAUCUGGUCGCUCGGAAAUGAGUGCUUCUACGGCCAGAACCAGGCGGCCAUGUACCGAUGGAUAAAACGGAGAGAUCCGACGCGAAUCAUCCACUACGAACAGGACCGGGAGGCAGAGUCGGCCGACAUUUACAGCCAGAUGUAUUCUUCGCCCGAUGAGAUGCGGGAGCACAUGGAGAGCCACAAAGAUAAGCCUCUCAUCUUGUGCGAGUUUGCACACGCCAUGGGUAACGGGCCUGGAGGAUUAGAAGAAUAUAUUGAGCUGUUUCGAUCAGAGCCACUCUCCCAAGGAGGACUCGUGUGGGAGUGGAGCAACCAUGGCCUGUUAAAGAAGGAGGGCGACCUCGAAUACUAUGCGUAUGGUGGUGAUUUUGGUGACGAGCCCAAUGACACGGACUUCGUCAUGGAUGGCCUGACACUCUCGGACCAUACCCCUAUGCCCAGCCUCCUGGAGUACGCGAAGAUUAUUCAGCCUGUCUCCGUGGCUUUGACUGAGGACACGAAGCAGAUGAUUGUAACCAACCAUUAUGAUUUCGUCGACCUUGGUGGACUGAAUGCCUCGUGGCAUAUUGUUCGCGACGGCGACACCACAGAGGCCCAGAGAUUGGAGCUCCCCCGCGUUCCCGCCGGGGAGAACCGCACAGUGGACUUGCCAUUGGAUAAGGGAGCCCUCUCACAGGAGGCAUGGCUCACUGUGGAGUUCCGGCUGAAGGAAGAUACGGCGUGGGCAGAGAAGGGCCAUGUUGUUGCCUGGGACCAGCUGCACCUGAUAGGUGCAGCUGCAAAGCGCUCCAUCCCUGCCGUGGCUCGCGAUGUCGCAGGGCUGGAAGUGCAACAGGAUCGAACCAAGCUGAGGGUCAAGAACGGCAAAUCGACCUUGGGCUUCGACCUGUUGCAGGGAAAUGUCACCUGGGAAGUCGAUGGCGUGAACCUGUUCCAGCGGGGCCCCGAGCUGUAUUUCUACCGGGCCAUGACCCAAAACGACGAGUCGAGUGAGGGCAACAUGGCGGAGUGGGGGGAGACCAAGGUUGGUAUGAUGCACACACAGGUUCGGGAUGUGGCCUGGAAGACGUCGGAUAACGAGAUUGUUGUCCAUUUCAAGGUUCGCGUUGCGCCCAAUGUGCUUGAGUGGGGGGUGGAGGCAGACCUGAUAUACACCAUUGCCGCAGAAGAGCCAUUGUUGCGCGUUCGAGCUAGCGGAGAGUUCGUUGGCAAGAAUAAACCAUCUGUCGUGCCUCGUAUCGGAUUUUUAACCAUCAUGCCAGAAGAGUUCGACGAGGUGAGGUGGUUUGGGCGUGGACCAGGGGAGAACUACAAGGACUCAAAGCAGGCGUGCCGCAUUGGUCAAUACGUGGCUGCAGUCCGCGAACUGUAUACACACUACGAUUAUCCGCAGGAGAACGGGAACCGCGAGGACCUACGGUGGUUGCAAGUCUCCAACGGUGCCCUAACGCUCGAUGUGCGUCGCGUGGGCGAGAGCGCGCCAUUCAGUUUCACGGCAGGACGUUAUAUGCCGUUCGACCUGGAUGAUGCCAAGCACCCACACGAGCUUCAGCCGCUGGAUAUGACAGUGCUCAAUCUGGACUAUGACAACCACGGGCUAGGAUCGGCGAGUGUGGGACCCAGGCCGUUUGAGAAGUACCAGUGCAAGACGGAGCCGUUUGACUUUACGUUCGAGCUAAGCCUUGCCUAG